AACGAGUCGGUUGUUAGUUGACUUUCGAAUUCGGAAGUGAUCAUGUCGUUGCCGAUAGUGUUAUCAGUAGCUUUGCUGCUACUGAUCGGGACCGGUUCCAGCAAUGGUCAGAAGGAAACGUUCAAACUGUGCGUACCGCAUCAGAUAAUCGAUGCCUGCCGGGAACUGAUGGUCAAACCGGAUGCUGCCGUCCAAGUCGAGUGCAUAGCCGGGCGCGAUCGUAUGGAAUGUCUGGAAAAAGUCAAUGCACGUCAAGCGGAUUUUGUAGCCGUCGAUCCGGAAGAUAUGUACGUGGCUUAUCACAUGGCCAAUCAAGAUUUCAGUAUAUUUACUGAGUUCCGUACGCAGGACGAACCAAAGGCCGAGUUCCGCUACGAAGGAAUCAUUCUGGUGAGGAAGAGCGACAAUUUCCGGAGUUUAGCUGAUCUCAGUGGCAAGAAGUCUUGCCACACGGGCUACGGAAGGAACGUGGGAUAUAAAAUUCCCAUCACGAAGCUGAAGGCGGCUGGAGUGUUCAAGUUGGCCAAAGAUCCAGAACUGUCUCCGUUUGAGAAAGAACUCAAAGGUUUAUCCGAUCUGUUCGGAAGCUCGUGCUUGGUUGGGAAAUACUCCCCGAACGAUGAAGUGAACAGGCUGCUGAAGAAACGCUACUCGAAUUUGUGUGCGCUUUGUGAACGACCGGAGGUUUGCGACUACCCGGACAAGUACUCCGGUUACGACGGAGCCAUCCGGUGCUUGGUUGAAAACAAUGGUGACGUUGCGUUUACGAAGGUGAUCUACGUGAAUAAGUACUUCGGUCUCCCGAUAGGAGGUGCUCCAGCUCAACCGGCCUUGAACCCGAAAGCCCGUACCGAGGACUACGUCUACUUGUGUGAAGAUGGCUCGACUCGCCCCAUCACGGGACCCGCAUGUUCGUGGGCACAACGACCCUGGCAGGGAUACAUGGGCAAUGGAGACAUCAAUAACCGAUUCCAGCGGCUGCAGAAGCGCCUCCAGCAAUUCUAUGAAGAUGCAAAGAAUUCAGCCAACAGCGACAAGGCUGCCAAGAUGUGGGUCGAUCGUAAGAAUCUUCUAGUUGACCGUGAAGUUCCGGUCCAGCCGGGUGACCAUUUGAAUCGUGCCCAGUACAAGGACGUGAUCGAGCGAGAUGGACCAUUCGAAAACAAGCUCAAGCUUUGCGUUGCUUCUCAGCUGGAGAAGGACAAGUGUGAGGUUAUGGGCAGGGCUGCCUACUCGCGUGACGUUCGUCCAGAGCUGGAAUGCGUCCUGAAGGGCAAAGACAGCUGCAUCGGAGCCGUCCGACGAGGUGAAGCCGAUGUUGUAGUACUGAAGGGUGAAAAUCAACACGCUUCUACGACAGAAGGACUCAAAUCGAUCCUGUUUGAAAAGUACGACGAAGGGGACAUGAUGGUCGCGAUCGCUGAUAGCGGAAUCAGCCGGGAUCAGAUACUGAAGGCACCACUUGAAUUCGACGCUUCGGAUCCCCGUGCCGUUUCGGCUGCCCUGUUCUUCAACGACAAGCGCCAAAAGAAGUCCUGCCCGAACAAGCUGACCUCAUCGCCAAACGCAUCAAUCAAGAUCGUUUCCGCUCAGGAUCUCACCCGGUUGGGAGCGAACAAAGUCCUGAUCUGUCCCAGUUUGGAGCAGGAGCCGAUAGGAAACUUCGCAACGUGCAACGUCGAUUACACUUUGCCGACGGGGAUCUACGUGCGGAAGGACAUCACCGGACAGCUGGAGGACAACAUUGCCCAUGCUUUCGUGGCCCUGUCGGAAAAGUUUGGCCACGGUGCCAAGACGGAGGUUGUGUUUGAGAUGUUUGGCGAGUUUAAGCCCGGUGCGAAGAAUGUCCUGUUCCACGAUCGUGCGGCCAAGUUCGGAACGGCGGACAACAAGGUCAGCGGCUUGGAUCCCACCAACUACAAGCGCCUGAUGUGUUUGUAAGAAAGGGGAUGGAUUUUUCGUGAAAUAUAUGGCAGUGAAAUCAUGGAAUUGAAAAGUAAU